AUGGCAAAAAUUCUAGUGGGAGACUUUAAAUCUUAUGAGUUUAUCUACAUAUUGCAUUUGAUGUUAAAGAUUUUGGCAAUUACAUAUGAUUUGAAUAUGGCUUUGCAACGAAAAGAUCAAGAUAUUGUUACUGCCAUGAAGCUUGUCGAUCUUGCAAAGAAACAAUUGCAAUCGAUGAGGGAAUCUAAAUGGAAUUCUUUGCUUUUAGAACUUAACAAUCGCUUUAAUGAAGUGACUACUGAUCUACUUCUUGGAAUGGCUAGUUUGAGUCCCGAGAAUUCCUUUAUAAAUUAUGAUAAAAAGAAGAUCAUGAAGCUUGCAACGUAUUAUCUGAAUGAAUUUGAUGCUUCCAAGAUUGAAGAGCUUAGUUUUGAUCUAGACACUUAUAUUUACUAUGUAAGUAAAGUGGACAACGCUUUCUCAAAUUUGAAAGGGCUUGGAGAUCUUUCGAUGGCAUUGGUAAAAAUAAAUAUGCACAAGACAUGGGGACUUGUUUAUUUGCUUGUGAAGUUAAGCUUGAUAUUACCUGUGGCUAUUGCAACAGUGGAAAGAGCUUUUUCCUCAAUGAAGUUCAUUAAAAAUGACUUGUGA